AUGACAAUAUCACAAAAGAUCAAGUUUAAAAAGGAAUUAAAAGACUUUUUGGAAGCAAAAACUUCUCAAAUGUAUCCUGAAAGUUUUAAUAUUCGAGUAGACAAUAAAGUUGAAGCAGAAAUUUAUUCAACAAGAAUUAAACAUUAUGUUCCUCCACAUUUUACAUUUCGGGUUAGAUUUCUUUUCAAAUUAUUUUUAAAGUCAGACACUCAUUAUAAGGUAUAUGUGCGUGUUUUGAAAAUUAAAAAAAAAUAA